AUGGGCUGUCUAAAUGAUGGUAUGCGCAAGCGUGUGGGGAAGGUGCAAUCUGAAGUUGUGUGCCGGACGUCUGGGGGUGAUCGUGGUGAGUGGCGAUCGUCAAAGGCGAAGAGAGCACCAGGAGUUGGGGAAGAAAAAUUGGCUGAGCUUACAAAGCCUAAGUCACGUCUUCUGGAUUCUUGGGAAAGCUUGGGACCGAAGGCUCAGCGUGCGAAGAAUUGGUGGAUGGCUCGGAGCUUGGUCAGAACCUUGGAAGGAUCAGAGAGUGCUCAAAGCCGUGGCACGAUGCUUGUGGCCAAAUGCCAAUUCUUCACUCAAUUGUACUCCAAUGGGAGCUGUGAUCUCUCACAGAGUGGUUUUAAACCCCACGCUGCCCUCGCCGAAAGUGCAAGAUUAUCGUGCCUUGGGUCCUUGGCUUGCGUCGAUGUUCUUGAUUCGCCGCCAAUAUCCGGCGAAUCACAGAUUGCCUGCAAAGACCCCAAGAACGUUAUCAGCACCGCUGCUCUGUUGAACACCUAUGAUUGA